AUCAAAUGGUGUUAGACAAUAAUAAUUAUGAUAUUAUUUAUGAUAGUGUUUGUUGAGAUUGAAUGGUGGUUGGGUUUGGGGAGAUGGGAGAUGCCUCCGGUGUGGAAGGGAUUGAGAUACGGUUCCGUAUCGAAAGGGAAAGACUCAGAGCGUCUUCGGACUCGUAGGAGGCAUCACGGGUGGUUGUUCUCCAUUCCAAAAUGGGCAAUUUCUGGUCCAUCCAUCCUGCAUUUGACACCCACACUCAGACUCUGUGCCAAUCGGAAACCGAAUUCCGGCACACGGCUGCCCUCGCCGCGGCAGUUCUCCGUCGACUUCUACGCCGAAUCAUGCCCUCACCUGGAUCGGAUCGUCGCCUCCGUCACCACCAAGCAGUACAAACGAGCGCCGGCGGUCGCACCCGCCACCAUUCGCCUCUUCUUCCACGACUGCUUUGUCCAAGGGUGUGACGCAUCAAUAUUGAUACCAAGUAAGGAAAUGGCAGAGAGAGAUGCAGAGGAAAACAAGGACCUUUCACAAUAUGCUUUUGAUGCCAUAACUGAGGUCAAAUCAGCGGUGGAAACCAACUGCCCGGCCUCCGCCGUGUCCUGCGCCGACAUCCUCGCCAUUGCCGCCAGAGAUUUUGUUCACCUUGUAGGAGGGCCAUACUACGAAGUGAAGAAAGGAAGGCAAGAUGGAAAUACAUCCAUGGCUUCAAGGGUUCAACCAAACCUUCCGAGAGCCAACUCCACGCUCGACCAGCUUCUCAAACUCUUCAGUUCGAAAGGGCUAUCGUUGGAGGACUUGGUUGUCCUCUCCGGGGCCCACUCCAUCGGUUUCGCGCAUUGCAAGCAAUUCGUGAGUAGACUUUAUAACUACUCCAUAAAGGGCACCAAUAACCAAACACGCCAUUCAUCGACAACGAUGAUGGACCCUAGGCUUCUUAAAGCCCUAAGAAUGUCUUGCCCGAAAUUCGGGGGGAAUGCCGAUGUUAUGAUCCCAUUUGAUGUCAAAACCCCUUUCGUGCUCGACAACGCUUACUACGGGAACUUGGAGGCCAAGAUGGGGUUGCUGGCUUCGGAUCAGGUGCUGUUUUUGGAUAGGAGGAGUAGGCCUUUGGUCCAAAUGUUGGCCAAGGAUAAGAAGAAGUUCCAUGCCAAGUUUGCUUUGGCUAUGGAGAAAAUGGGAUCUAUUGGUGUGGAGAGGGGGAAAAUACAUGGGGUUGGAAGAAAAGAUUCUGCCACCCCAACGUCUUAAGAAUUUCUAUAUGUUUACCCCUUUGAUUCAUUCUCAUGUACUACGUACUCCCUCCGUCCCUGAGUGUUUGUCCACUUUCAUUUUUGCACACCAUCCAAUGCACUUCUUUAAUCCAUUUUAUCUUGUAAUUUGUAUAUUAAAAAAAUAUAAAAAAUAUAUAUUAAUAAUCUAUAUGUUAAGAC